AUGCUUCUACAGGAUGUUAGUGCGAACAAAGGGUACGCCAGCUAUCCCCGAUACAGCGUUGACCUUCCUAGGCGCUUACAGUUGCUCAGUCCAUAUGACAAGUACCUAUAUUUUCAGGCGCAGGCUCCCGCUAUCAUGCUGGUAUCCCUGGCACCUCGAUUGGAGUCCCUAGCCUUCCACUCACUAGGGUUGCAACAUCCCUUAAAGACAUAUAUGUUCCAAAACUUCCUGCAGCGAGCCAUUGCUGAGAAGCGCGAUGUGCCUGGCUUGCUUAAUCUCCGCUCAGUGAUAUUUCUCUCUGAUAUAGGCGAGUUAUGGGAUGACAACAGACUCUAUUGGGAUUAUGAGGUUCACGACUGCCUUCAUCUCGUCUGGGAACUCCCCGCCAUUGAAUCUGUUCGCUUCGAUGCUGUUCAGCCGAGCCUCGAUGUAGGAAUGUUGCCCCCACCGCGCUCAGCUAACUACACGGAUAUAAUGCUUUACCACUGUAUUGUGCAAAGGCCCGAGGAGUUGGAUAUCAUUAUCCAGUCAGCCAAGCGACUAAAGAGGUUUGCAUUUACGGUCGGUGGACGCUCCGAACUAGGUGGCGAUGUAACAAUGGUCAGCUCAAUAUACACCUUGGAGUUUUUACUUACUCACCGGCACACAUUGGAAGAGCUGGAUCUUGACAUCCAGGGCCAUGUGUGGUUCCGCGAAAUGUUUGAAGAGGAUCGCGACGCGUUUUGGAGCGACCUAUAUGAUGAUGAAGACGAAGAGCUUGAGAAGUGGGAGACCCAAAAGAAAGAAGUCCUGGGCGUAGAAUCACCGGCUCCGGAGUGUGCACUCCGCAGCUUUCCCAAUCUCAAGCAUCUUAGCAUCGGCACCAUGUUCUCUACUGCUACGCUCGCGGCUUUGGUGGCGGUCGGCUAA